AUGCCACCGAAGGAGAAUCACAACGACAGCCAGGCCAACGGGCACAAUGGACCCUCCAAGCCCGAGGACGAUGUCCCUGCCUGCCAGUCCUGCCGGAAGAAAAAGGCCCGCUGCAAUCGCGCGCAACCGUGUGACCAAUGUACUCGAUUCAACGUCUCUUGCGUCUAUGACGAUCGACGUCUGAAGCCCGGUCUCCGCGCAGGCGCAGUCGACCAGCUCUACCGUCGCAUUGAAACGCUCGAGAAUAUGUUUCUCGGUCAGGAGAUGCUCUGGCAGCAGAUGCGGCAGGCACUUGGUCUUGAUAUUGAUUUGCUCGAAUCUGCGGACCAACCAACCAACUUCACGGAAUUGGAGCGGCGGCGAGAACACUUGAAAAGCUGCCUACUGCAAGCUGCGGCCGAGUCGAAGCAAAAGAGGCAGAGCACGUCGCCAGCACAAGAUGUGGCAGAGGAUGAAUCGGCUUCGCGUGUAGCAAAGCGUCGGAGACUCGAGGAGUUGCCUGCGUCCUCGCCUCAUUCGUACUGGGACAAUGACCCCAGCGGCCUUCUACCGCCCGAUGUCAUGAACGAAUUGGUUGAUUUUUACUACUUGAAUAUUCACCACUGGAUUCCGAUCUUGCAUGUGGCUCGAUUUCGAGAGCGGAUGGGGUCCGAAGAAGAACGCCCGCGCAUUGUUUGUAUUCUGCAUGCGAUAAUCGCGGUAUGUGUGCGCUUUUCCCAGAACGAGCGCCUAUGCGACGAACAGACGAAAUCCCGCAUCGCGGAGAAAAGUCGACAGAAAGUGAUCUUGAACAGCAUUGAGACUUUCUCUGUCGAGAAUCUGCAGGCUUUGAUCAUUGUGGCUUUUGAGACGAUUGGCCGAGGACGCGGUCCGUCAUCUUGGUCUAUUAUCGGAAACAUGGUGGGCACAGUAGAACAAUUACAGUUGAAUGUGGAAGAGGACGAGCUUUAUCAACCCACAAACGCAGGCGAGACGCUUAUUCGACGCAUGCUGUUUCUAACACCAUCCAAAUCAUGGAGCGAGGCAGAGGAGCGCCGCCGGGUGUUCUGGACGGUUUUCCUCAUGGAUCGCUUCUGCAGUGUAUCCACUGGAUGGAAGAUGAGCCUGACCGGCGCCGAGAUCAAGCGUCGAUUGCCAUGUGAGGGUGCUAUAUGGGGACAGGAGCGAGAAGUACGUACUCCCUACUUUGGGAUCUCAGACUCCAAGGGUCCACCGUCAAGCAGCUCGGCCCUUUUUGGAAGUGAUGUACUGUCAACCUCCGGGAAUCAGGAUUCCAUUGGCGGGCUGGCGUAUAAUAUCGAAGCUACGGAGUCGCUGGCCUUGGUGACAAAUUUCUUUCUUCACCAUGCGUUUGUUGUCAAUGACACUGAAAAGGCUCAGUUGUGGAUGAUGAAGUUCAAAGAGCUUGAUCUUAGACUAAUCCAAUGGAAAUUAUACCUGCCAUCUAAGUGGCGCGAGGCCUCCGUCCUGAACGCUGAUGGAGUCAUGGAUCCUAACCUCAUCUUGGCUCAUCUGACGCACAACACCGCUGUUAUUUUGCUUCAUCAAGGGAUUGCAUACCCGCCUGCGCACUGGCAGAGCUGUGCCGUGAAGCCGCCGUCAGCAUCAUCCGCAGAGACAUGUCUUGAGGCAGCCUCGGAGACGGCAAGGAUUGGUCAAAGAUUUCUGGCCUGCUCACCUAUAUUCACCAAUCCCCAAUUUUCAUUCUGUUUGUUCAUCGCGGGUCGGAUGCUGCUCGCUCAUUCCAGGUAUAAUCAAGUACCUAUUCCACCCGUCCUCGAUACUUUGAUUGCCAGUUUGCUGGAAAUUUCACAACGAUGGGCCGGGCCUGGGAAGACGACCGAUGACGGAGAAGGCAACCUUGCAUCAAGUUUUGCGAAGCGACUGAUCGAGGCUCAAAGUAACUCGGCAAUGCGUCCUCGUCCAAGCUUGGAUAUUAGACAAACAGCGUACUCGGAUGAAUCCAAAGAGCAGCCACGAUCGCCCGCCACUGUUGCUUCUCGCAGCGAAACAAACGCGUUACCGCCACGACGGAUAAACCCCAGUAUCUCACAGAAUAAUCACCUCGAGACCUCAGCGCUGCAGGACCCGUUCGGGUAUGAUCCAUUCAGUCUCGCCUUUCCACCGCUUCCCCCCGCCUUCCAGCAGGAGUUCCCCUUGUCGGCGUUGGGACAAGGUGUUGAAGGCCAGGCCCUUUUGCCUCUGGGAAUGCAAUCAUACGAUGCAGACCCGCUACACAUGUGGCAGAACCCUAGUGUCAAUUAUGGCAACGCGGUGAUUAGCCCUGGGGAUGACUUGUCCCAUUUGUCUAGCCACACACCCAGGUCAGGAAACUGA